GGGGUCGUCCCGUUCAACCCACCUGACCGGACAAGCCCAUGGCAACAACCUGCCACAGUAUGCUCCUGGUAUGGGGCCGGCGUUGUCAAUCUGUGAGCUUCUACAAUUGCAACAUUUUGAGGGCAUACCAGACCUCCCAGAGAAUUGGGCGCAGCAGCCAAUAUAGUACCAUGUCAACCGCUACUCCGCGCUCCCCAUCUGGCCGUAUUCACAUCCUGGGCCUAGGAAAUCUCGGGAGGCUCUUUGCCCACGCCCUGGCAAAAGUAGAGAAUGCUCCCCCAAUCACUUUGCUAUUGCACCGGGCAAGUCUCGCCGAUGAGUGGGAGAAAGUUGGACGGAGAAUUGAGAUUACGACAGACGGUGUCCCAGAUCGAACCGGGCCCUUUGAUGUCGAGCUCGUGUCUCCCCAGGGGUCCCAGCACAUCAUCGAUAACCUAAUUGUGGCAACCAAAACCACCAAGACAAUCCCAGCAGUAUCAGCUAUCAAGCACCGGCUAACAUCCGAUUCUACCAUCCUCUUCACCCAGAAUGGGAUGGGAACAGUGGAGGAGCUCACCAAAGCGCUGUUUGAAGACCCCUCCACGAGACCAAACUAUCUAGCAUGUGUCACUUCGCAUGGAGUCUACUCUCAAGGACCCUUCCGAUCUGUCCAUGCCGGCCGAGCGAGUGUUACAAUUGGGCGAGUUGCCCAUUCUAAAGCUCCCCAGUACCUGAUAGACAAGAUAGUCCAAGCCCCAGUGCUAUCCGCAAGAGAAGUAACACCUUCCGAGCUUCUACGACUCCAAUUCGAGAAGCUCGUCGUAAACGCCAUGAUAAACCCCCUGACCGCAGUCUUCAACUGCCGCAACGGGGAGCUUUUCAACAGGACUGCCAUCGUGCGGAUUAUGAGGCUCCUUCUUCGCGAAACUUGUCAAGUUCUCCUGUCUCUACCUGAGCUCCGGGAUGAUCCUACCACUCCGUCACGCUUCUCUACACAAAAUCUGGAGACUGUUGUUCUCGAUGUGGCUGAGAAGACGGCCAUGAAUACCAGUUCCAUGCUGCAAGAUGUGAGAGCGGGAAGAGAAACCGAGAUUGACUAUAUCAAUGGAUAUAUUGUGAAAAGGGGAAGGGAAGCGGGCAUUGAUUGUAGGAAUAAUGAGAAGCUGGUGCAGAUGGUUAAGGAAGGGAUAGUGAUCACUGUGGAUGAAGCAUCUCAAUAUUUCCCCGAGUAUCACGAGAAGAACAGUUGACUUUGACACUGCGACCUUCUAGUUUUGGGUGAUAUCCUUCAUACAAUAUUUACAAUCUCGCAUGCAAUUCCUGCGUCCCCC